UGGGGUUUCUCCGCCGAGCCCCGGGACGAGGGUUGUCCCCGCUCCCUGCUGCACCGGGGCACCCACAUCCCUUUACGGCCAGGGCUGUGCCUGGCGCGUCCUCCGCUGGCGGGCUGCGGGCCUCCUCUGAGCGGCGGGCCUCCUGCUGGGGGGGCUGGAAGGGCAGAAGCAAGGCUGCUUCUGAUGCUGGUGGCUCUCUGAUCCCGGGUGGCUGCCCCCGGCACCCAGCGCCAGCCGCUCCGGUGCAUGCCCCUCGCUGCCGAGGCUUGUCUAAUGCUACCUUGAGCCAAAUUCCUAGACUGGUUGGUGCUUUCUCAUGGGAUCCCUGUGACUGACAAAGGAGAGAUUGUUGUGUGACGGUACUGCAAUGACUACAGCAAGAUAUAGGCCUACCUGGGACUUGGUACUUGACCCAUUAGUGUCCUGCAAGCUCUGCCUUGGUGAAUAUCCCGUGGAGCAGAUGACAACAAUAGCACAAUGCCAAUGCAUCUUCUGUACCCUGUGCCUAAAACAGUAUGUGGAACUUCUGAUCAAAGAAGGUCUAGAAACAGCAAUCAGCUGCCCUGAUGCUGCCUGCCCAAAGCGAGGUCAUCUGCAAGAAAAUGAGAUUGAGUGCAUGGUUGCUUCAGAAAUCAUGCAAAGGUAUAAGAAGCUACAGUUUGAAAGAGAAGUGCUUUUGGAUCCGUGUCGGACUUGGUGUCCAUCCUCUACUUGCCAGGCAGUUUGCCAGCUCCAGGAACCAAGCCCACAGGACCCCCAGCUGGUCCAGUGCAAAGCCUGUGACAUUGAGUUCUGCUCUGCUUGCAAAGCUAAUUGGCAUCCAGGUCAAGGCUGUCAAGAGAACAUGCCAAUCUCUUUUCUUCCAGGAGAAACAAGCUCAGUUUUUAAAAUGGAAGAUGAUGAUGCUCCAAUCAAACGCUGUCCAAAAUGUAAAGUUUACAUUGAACGAGAUGAAGGCUGUGCCCAAAUGAUGUGUAAGAACUGCAAGCAUGCCUUUUGCUGGUACUGCCUGGAAUCUCUUGAUGAUGAUUUUCUCCUUAUACAUUAUGACAAGGGACCUUGUCGAAAUAAGUUGGGACACUCCAGAGCAUCUGUUAUCUGGCACAGAACACAGGUGGUAGGAAUUUUUGCAGGAUUUGGUCUUCUACUUUUGGUGGCCUCCCCUUUUCUUCUACUUGCCACACCAUUUGUUCUGUGCUGCAAAUGCAAAUGUAAUAAAGGAGAUGAUGACCCCCUUCCUACCUAGCCUGGGAUGAUUGGACUCAUCACAUCAUGUGUUUUGGUUUUAUUGUUGCUGUUGGUGUUUCCCUUUUUCACUUACAUUGCUGUAGCCUUAUUAGCCCCUCUCUGCUUUUCAUUGACACACAGUCUUGGUUCCAGGAACUGUUGCUACUGCUGUUGAAUAUAUCAAUUAAUAACAGACAAGAAGGGUAAUGGAAGGCAAGUUUGGUGCUAAAGGGAGACCAUGGACCUAGCUAGCUAUCUAAGAGGUGAUACUGCUAAAAAUAAUGCAAAAAAAAGUUCCUGUUGCCCUGCUAGUGGACUGGGAACUGGGCUGAAUGACAUCAGCAAGACAAACUGAAAAUGCAUAUAGAUCUAAACUGUCUACAUAUCCAUUUACUUCAAAAUUUGGUGUCUUAUUCCUGUAUAUAUAUUCAAAUUGCCUUUCAUUUAAAUCAGAUAGUCAACCUAGUGUGAUUUUUGCCAUGUUGUAUAUCUGUUUUUGUUAAAGCCAUCACAAUGUCCUUUUUAGUACCUAUUUUUCCAAGUACUACGAAAUCAAUAAGGUGCAUAUAGGCCAUCCUAUGCCUUUCUUGAAAUUUGAGGAGGGUUAAAAGGACAAAGUUGGUGCUGUUGCCUUCCAGCAUUUUUUUGAAGUCUUACAAGAAAUUUGUUUGAUUGAAAGCUACAUUUAAAAAUGAAUUGAUGAAGCUGUAAGAUUGAGUGGUGACACAAACCUGCUAUCUAAUCAAGGUUCUUUAAACAAUGCAUCAAUGGUGUUGGUUAACUUCUGGACCACUAGUGUUUUUCUGAAUUGUCUUUUGUUUGGGUUUUUUUGCUGUUUAGGGUUCUGCUACAGUUACAGGGCUACGUAACUUCUAAUCCAGGUAUCUUAGUCUUUUUUAUAUAGAGAGAGAUAUAUAAUCCUAUUUAAACCAAAUGUGUAAAUAGCUGUGCUAUUGAAAUAUUUUGGAAGUUCAAGAUAGCUUGCUUCUGUCUUUAGGGCAAUUACUAAAAAAUGCAAGACUAACUUUACUAUUUAGGAGACUUCGGUUAUCAAUGAAUCUUCCCUUUUAAGUAGAAAUAUAUAUUAGGGUCAUCCCUGUAGUUAACUAAAAUGCCUGGGAUAUUUGUGAAAAUUGUACUUUAAAUUUAAACUAUUUAUCCCAUUUUCAGCGUCAAUAUCAUAUGAUGUGUGGUGUGUGCUGUUAAUAACUAUGCUGUGACAAAGUAUUUCUAUUUGAAAAAUAAUCACUUGAUUUAAUAGUUUUGUGGAAUGCACAGUGCUGUGUUUCCAGGGUAGAGAAGUGUGCUAGUGAACAUACUGUUAAUCAUUCUAGUUUCUCUUUAGAAAUAUUUUGUUGAAAACCAUUUUGCUCUGAUUGCAAAGCCUACAAGAAGUUGACUAAUAACUUCCCACCAUGAAACAUCUGAACAAAAUGGGUAUGUUUGUGUGUAGUACUGAAGGAAAACAUUCUUUUGAAUGUCUUGUGGACUGAGGUUUGACUGUUUAACUGUUUUUUUCAUCCAUAUUUCUUUCUGUGUAUUAUUGGUUUACUGACAUGGAUUAAAAUGUUGAGGCCAGGAUAAUUUUGCACUGAAAAUGUAUCAAGACCCUUAAAUGCAACUUCUUCUGGCUGUUGUCACAGACUGGAAAAAUGUUUUCAUAGCUCAAGCAUAAGGAAAUUUCUUGUUUCUUUAUUAUCUUUCAUUUUAUACUGUCUAUCUGCUAAAUAAAAAGACCGUGGGGUACAAUUUUGAAAAGGGCCACUGUCUUUUUAUUAAACUAUUAAUGAAUUCCUUCUCCUUCACUUCUUCCAAGUUUAAUAGUAUCCAAACUGAAACUGUAGCUAUAGCUUUUAGCUCCAGGAGCUGGGGGUUAUUUACAAUUUGCUUAUUUGUCUUGAUUUUAAUGAGUUCAGAUGUUACAACAUGAAGGGUAGCUGGUUUUCAGCAAGUCUGAACUCCCUGUGAUAUCUUCAGAUAGUUUCUGGCAGUGCAGAACUGAGUCCAGCAAGCAGUGGUUCUCUCCCUCCAGCCCCGACAAGAGUCCCAGUGGUACCCUGAGCCCAGCACCUGCCCACUUCCAUGGGCAGAAGUAGUGAAAACCAAUCUUAGAAGGACAGUUCCCUGCAGGUAAGCUUGAACUGUGGCCUUUUCAUCCUUGGCCCCGUAAUUUAACUGGAGGGGAAAAAAAAAAAAAAAAAACAAAACCAAGGCACUGGACAACAGGAUGUAAAGAUUUAAUGGGUUGUUAAUUUUCUAAUUGGGAGCAUUAAGGGAUUUUGCUAUAUGCAGCAGUGGUUCUGAUGACAGAUCUCUACUGCUGGGGUGAGAAAUAGCAGAGGUGCAGUUGUCUGUUUGCAGUACCAGAGUGUCCUGAUAUGAGGUUUAUUUUCUCUGUGCCUUUCUUAGAGACAACAUUUCUGUGGCAAUAUAGUUGAGUUUUGCACCAUACUGUGUGGCCAGUUAAUAAUCAAUGACAAAAUUAAUGCAUUUCCAGAUUUGAAAGAAGUCCUUCACAAAUACAGAUGGUUUUAAAUGACAUUUCAUAAUCGAUGCUCACAGGUAGCACUAUUUAUAAUCGGAAAACUGUGUACUUCCACCAGUAUAUGUCUCUCUCUAUGGUCUCAACAUACUUGAAUUGCUACUAGAGAGUUUUAUGACAUACCUAGUUUCACAUCCUGGCUGUUAGGAUAGACCAUAUUCCUGCAUAUAUUUACCAAAUACCUAAUCCUUUCAGGUUUCUUAAAUGUCAUUCCAUCUUAUUCUUUAUUUGGUGCUUUGUUUCUUUGUUGUUGUUUUUUUUAAAAAAUUUUAAAAUACUGUUUUGUUUCAUAUGUAGUAACAGCUUAACUAUUGGAACUCGAUACAUGGUGAUGUAUUGAGUCUGGGGCAUUUUCAUGUUACAGGUCAUGUUGAUAGUGUGACAUUUAAUACCCUGAAACUGAAUUGUAAAUACAUUAUUUUAAACUCUGAAAUUGAAACUCCCUGCGAUGGAAAAGUGAACGUUUGCGGCUUUUCAGAUGAAUUUCUGUAACAAAAGCUUUGGCUUUUUAGACUUUUAUCAGCAAAAUAAGAUUCACUGCAUGAGUUCUGUUGCAGUUUUAUGGCUACUCUGGCUUUUUGCCUUGUCUUAAUGCUGGUUUGAAUGGAGUUUGUAACAGUACUUCAUUUGCAUGUUCUGGUGGGGUCAAGUGAUGUCCUGUCUAGCGAGCAUGAGACUGAGUGUAGAGUCCAGACUCCAGACGUUUGCAUCUCCCUGGAUUUGCCAUUCAUGUGUUGAGCUGAAUACAGUUCUGAGAGAGAUCAGCAGCACAGCCUGCACCCACCUUCACUGGCAAUAGUUUUGGGUUUGGACAAGUUGCUUAUCUCCUCUCAUCUCAAUUUAACCAUCCUUUAAAUGGAUGGCCCAAUGUUUACCUACCUCACAGGAGGGCUGUGAGAGCUAAUUCAUUGGUUUUGAGGCUCUUUUAAGAUUCUGUCUUGAAAGACAUAUAUAAAUGCUUACUUCAGUUUUAUGUUAAUAUUUCAAUUUAUUCAUGUUGGCCUUCGUCCUGAAACCUCCUACUACUGACUUUAGCUGGCCGAGAGUUUGGGAUGCUUUCCCCCACACACCAAGCAGCAUAAUCUUUCCUCAAAUACUCUGUCUUAUGAAUUAGACAAAAUCCCAAAUAAGUGCUGACUAGAUCAACUCUCGGCUUACAGUUGAUUUCCUGACAUGCAGGAAACACAAGCAAAAUUGUGAAAAGCUCUCUUGUUCCUGGAGCUGACAGGAUAAAAUAUUCAUAGAUCAGAGAAAGAUGAAGUGCUUUUGAUUUUAAAUUGUUAUAGGCAGGAAAACAAAAAUGAAGUUUAUUGCAUUUCAUCUGUAGAUCUUUUACUAUAUAGGAAUAUAUAUAUUUAAGACACACCAUUCUCAUCUCAGUGAAGUGCAGCAUGCAUAAAACUUUGUGCAGGUUUGCUUUUUUCAAAACCAGAGUUUGUGCAUUUCACAUACAUAAUCUAAAAUCCUGAGCAAAAAUGGUAGAAUCUGGUUGUUGAUGACACUGAUAAUAAAGACAUCAAAAAAGCCUGCAUCAGCUCUUAAUUUCUAAUGCACUUAUACUAAGGCAUGCUCUUUGUGUUUAGAGCCCUGUGGUAUCCAUUAUUGCUUUGAUUUGUAUCUCUCUUAUAAGAAUUCCAGGAACAUUAGGUACAGGUUCAUGGUACAUGACUGAACCUUUCUUUAUCAUUUUAUCAUGGAUGUAUUUUAAACUUGUAUAGGGAUAAGCAUGAAGGAGUCAUGCAUAUGUAUAAAUAAUGUAUUUGACCAGUGUAAAAAUAGUUCUGUUGAUGUAUUUGAAAUGUAAGUACAUUCUGUGCCACUAACACUGUGAUGUAUAAAAGAGCUGUUGAAUGCCUUUUAAUGUUGUGUUUUGUACUUUGAAUCAUAUUGAAGAGUUUAAUUUGUAAUUUCAAUAGAUAUUUUAAAUGAA